AUGGGAAAAAGCACAUACAGUACAUUGAAAGAUCCCUGCCUCCCUGAUUUACCAGCUGAAAAGUCGUACGAAGAAAUUAUUACAAUACUCAAAGGAUUUUACAAACCGAAAGUACUCGAAGUCGCAGAGACAUACCGAUUUCAUCAAGCAGUUCCAACGGAAAGCGAAAGUGUAGCUCAAUAUGCAAACAAACUGAAACAUUUAGCUGUUCAUUGUAAUUUUGGCACCUAUCUUACAAGGGCAUUACGAGAUCAAUUUGUUGGGGGCGUUCGAAGUAGAAGUACUAGAAAGAAACUUCUUUCUGAAGACAGGACAUUUGAUCAAGCAGUAAAGGUUGCCCAAGCAGAUGAACUAGCAGAGAGAAGAAUCGAAAGAAUUGCUUCUCAGUGCGGAAAGAACGGAAACCACACAAGCCCACAGUAUAUCAAACAAGAAGAAAUAUCAUUUCAAAGGCGGGGAUGCAAACAAGGCAAAACCUUUUGA